AUGGCUAAAAAUUAAUAACAAUAAAGUAGAAUAUCAAUUUAUGUUUAGUAAAAAUGCUGAUAUUCGAAAAGCUAUGGAUGCGAAAGUUGGAUAUUGUGAAAUUUUGCAUGAAAAUUAAGAAAUGA